GACACGGCAGUUCAAUCCCCCUCCUCCUUCUUCGAUCAUGACAGCGACGCAGGGGUUUAAGAAUCGACGCCGGGGCGGCCGGGCUAGGGUCUAUAACCCUAAGGUCUCAAACCGUAUUCCCCGGCCUAGUUUUGUGGUGGUGUGAAGCAAGGACGAGCGGGCAAUUGGCGAACCGCGGCGGCGUAUGGCUCUAAUUUCUGGCAGUGAUCGAUCCAGCGGAAUCGGCGAGGAGAGAAGGACUAAGACCGACGACUUCAUGCGUUGAUUGAACGAAAGUUUCAGCACCAAAUACAUCAAAUUCCGACGUCUAACAGAUGUUUAUAGUAUGUGAAAGUUUGAAUGAGGAGCUAUUAUUUAAAAGGAGAAGCCGAGAAGCUCAAUGAAAAGUUAUUACUCCUCCAAAGCCACAAAAAGACUUGGUGGUAUUGGGUAUCAAUAGAUAUGCCUCAAUGGUCUUUGAAAAGAGAGAUAUUAAUUGAAAGCAGCCGGGACUCGAAAAAGGGAAAGAAAAGAAAAAGAAUAGUACUGCAGACGACUAAGAAGAAUAAGGAGAAGUGAAUAACAUUCAGAAGGUCAUAACUUUGUUAUCUAGUGCCAUUGUAUAUAUAUGCACUGGAUUAGUUUGUGGGGAUUUUCAUUUCUAGAUUUAGCAUCUUUUUGGGUCUUUGUAGCAAUUAUGCAUGUUUUGGAGACUUAGCUUGAGCUUUGG